UGUACUUUUGUAAUUUGUUACAAUAAUUAUUUUAGGUACACAAAUGAUAAUUCUCACAGAAUUAAGUAUAAAUUGAUCAAAUGCUCCCAUCAACAGGAUAUUUCAAAGGAAUCAACUGCCCUUUUUAUGAUAGUGGGCUAUGUGAACGUCCUUAUUGUCACUUCCGUCAUGUUAAGAAGGAGCCACAAAACGAAUCUAUCGAAAGUGGAGCAAUACUACAGAAACUAGUAUCUGCGGCUGUGCAAAAAGUAUUGCAGCAGACAGACGGGUCUGGUGUAACGUCACCGAUACCCGCGUCCAGCGAGGUAUCCACCAACAAUGAGGGUCAGGGCACUUCCUCAAAACCCUCGUAUAACCCUACUCCUAUAUCAGAACUUAAUAAAAUAAAUAGUGGUUUAGAGAACAACGAAGACAAGCCAGAACUCACUAGAAGGCAUAUUCCAAUACCAUACACGCCCAGGAAGCCAAUCAUACCAAUUAAACGGACUGCAAGUGAAAAUGGUGAAGUAUUGACAAUUAUACCUCCAGCUGAAUAUUCUCCAGGUUCAGAAAGCGCUAAGCUAGAAACAUACACACCAACAGGUUCUACAGAGUCUACAAAACAGUAUUUGCCUGGUAAACAGACGGAAAUUCAACAGUAUAUACCCAAUGAAUCUAAAACUUCUAGCAAACAUAAUUAUGUGCCUUCUGAUAAAACUACUAACAAAAAGAAAAUCCUUGAAUACAAACCUGUGAAAUUGGCUUCAAAAAACGAUGUAAAAACUGUCACAUAUCAACCCACUCCAAAAUCCUUAGUACCAUGUUUUUCGAGCGAUGAAGAUGAACCAGAACCCAAGAAAAGCAAACUUUCUAAUGAUCUGAAUGGACUGGAUGACUUAGGACCCGAAUUUGAUAUUUUGGAUCAAAUACUUGAUGAAGAAAAAGGCAAUGAUAAAUCUGAUGUACCUAAUUUAAAAGAAAACAAGCUAAAUAAAUUAGCAACAGAUCAGAGCAUUAAAAGUAGUAAUAAAACUGAUGUACAAAAUGUAAAAGAAAACAAAAUAGAAAAAAUAACAACAGAUCAUAGAAGUAAAAGUAAAACAAAAGAGAACAAAGACAGCAAAAGUAGUAGUAGCAAAGACAAAAAGUCGAGUAAAAAUAAGUCUGAAAUUAAGGAAAAGAGUCAUGUAAGGGAAAUAGAUAAGAAAAGUAGUCACAAUUCAAAAGAGUCUUCUAAUAAAAAUGAUAAAAAAGAUAAAGAUAGAAAGCACCGGUCUAAAAGCACAGAAAGAAAGUCAAGUCACAAGAAAUCAUCCCAUGACAAAGAUGCGAAAAAGGAUAAAAGUGAAAAGUCGGAAAAAAAACAUUCUAAUAACAAUUCAAAUGAAACCAAAAGUUCUAAAAGCUCAUCAAAACAUAGUAGUAAUUCCAAACAUGACACAAAACAUAAAUCUAAGCACAAGAGCUCUCAUGAUUCUAAAGAAAAUCAUAAAAAAGAUAAAGAAAAGUCUGACAAAAAUAAGGAUAUAGAAGACAUAUCUCAUGAUUAUGAAGAUUUAGUUGAAGAUGAAUUAGAGAUUCUAUCUGAGUCUGAUGAGGAAUCUAUUGCAAUGGAGUGCAAAAGAAUAUUUGAAGAAUAUGUCCCAACAGCAAUAUCAAAAACUGUAGAUGAUAAUAAAGAAGAUAUUAUUGUGGCAGACAAUGAUGAAUAUGUACCAUCUAAGAAAAGAAUAUCUAGGACAACUGAAAAGAACAUUAAGAUAACACCUAAACCUCCAGUAAAGCCAGACUUUAAAGUAAGUGCUGCACAGGCAAUGGCAGAAAGAUUAUCAAAAGUUAAAGAAUAUCAUGCAGCGAAGAAGUUAGAAGCAUUAAAUAAAGAGAUGGCCAAUAAACCAUUAAAACCAGAUAUAGCUAAAUAUUUUAGUGCAUCAAGUAAUGGAAAUGCAAAAGUUCGAAUAGCUCAUGUGCCUUACGCAUCCACAUUGGUUACAGCAAAAAAAGAAAUUCAGCCUAACAUUAACAGCACUAAAACUACUGAGCCCUCCACAAGCUCUACAGCAAUUCAAACUGUAAAAAAAGGGGCACAGAGAGUAGCCCAUGUGCCUAGUGACAAGUUUAUAGAUAGGCCCGGGGUAUUAGAACCUCUAGCAUCAAAAAUUCCAGCUAACAUUAGAUCCACUUAUCUUAAUAUGAUGAUUGACCACUGUUUGAAAAUAUACAUCAAUGUAACUGAUGCCUAUGCCAGAGCACAGCACGAGGAGCUAGCCACGAGCAAAAAGUGUUCUACAGUACAAAUUUAUAAAAACUCAGCAGUUCUUGCCAUAAGUAGAUUAAAAAAAGAACUCCAAGAAUGCAACGGUGUCAAAAAGUCAGGAUCAGACUGUACAUCAUUGAACAAAACAAAUACAGCCAACUCCAAUACCAAGCCAGUGGGGUCAUGGAGUAUAGAAAGUAAAAAUAAAAAGAAUUUUGAUGAUAUACAACAAUAUACAGGUGCUAAGUUAUAUCAUAACAUUUCUAAAUGGAUACUGACAGAAGAGCAGCUAGUAGAAAAUGGUUUCCCGAGACCCCACAGCAGCGGGGAAAAGGGAAGAGCUAUAAUAGUUGGUAAAAAUAAACAGAAACCCCCUAAAGGAUAUGUAAGGACUUGUUGUAGGUGUAAGAAGGAUUAUACAGUUGAUAAAAAAGGUUUUGCUGCUGUUAAGGAAGAGUGCAUUUACCAUCCAAAUAACAAAUACAGGAUUCGCGGUGAGGUUCGCUACCAGUGCUGCAGCCAAGACGGUUCCUCUGAUGGUUGUUGUAUUGCUUCAAGUCAUGUUUACGAAUAUGUCGAUUUUGAUAAUCUUAAAGGGUUCGUGAGGACAAUGCCUCCCGAUGGACAAAAGGAUGAUUAUGGUGUUUACUCACUAGAUUGUGAAAUGUGUUAUACAACGCACGGUUUGGAUUUAACUAGGAUAACUGUAAUUAAUUCUGCUUGUAAAGUGAUUUACGAAACGCUCAUCAAGCCCCUGCAUCCUAUAAUAGACUACAACACACGGUAUUCGGGCAUUACCGAAGAACAGAUGGCUGAAGUAAAAACGACAUUGUUAGAUGUGCAGGCGACAUUGCUGUCAAUGUUCAAUAGCAAAACAAUAUUAAUAGGUCACAGUCUAGAGUCAGAUUUUAAAGCUCUUAAACUUAUCCAUGACACUGUGGUUGAUACGAGUGUACUGUUCCCACACAAAAUGGGUCCACCUUAUAAAAGAGCUCUGAGAAAUCUAUCUUCUGAAUAUUUAAGGAAGAUUAUACAGAACUCAGUGGAUGGGCAUGACAGCGCAGAAGAUGCCACAGUAUGUAUGGAGCUAAUUCUUUAUAAACUAAAAGAAGAUCUAAAAACUAGGUGA